CAGAUUCCGCUCUUAAAAUAAUUAAUAUUUUUUUUUAUCCAAUUCUGCAGAGUUUUUCAACGAUCGAAUAUAUAAUAAAUACCCUUUUCUAGAUAUCCACAUUCCUCAAAAUCAGCCAUGAUGAAUUCUGAAGAAGCUCCUUGCCAUGUCUUCCUUGUAUGCUAUCCCAGCCAAGGACACAUCAACCCCACUCUCAGACUUGCCAAGAAACUCGCCGCCGAGGGCCUUCUCGUCACCAUUUCCACGGCGGUGCAUUUCGGCAAAACACUGCAGAAAGCUGGAAGUAUCGGCGCCGGCGACUGUCCCACUCCGGUCGGCAAUGGCUUCAUCAGAUUUGAAUUCUUCGAAGAUCGCCUCCAAGAGAUCAAUCCCAAGGAUAUGAACUUGACCCGCUAUAACAACCAGCUCGAGCUCUCCGGCCGGCCGUCGCUCACCGGCCUGAUCAAGAACCAAACAGCCGAAAACCGCCCUGUUUCUUGCCUGAUUGUGAACCCCUUUUUUCCAUGGACAUGCGAAGUUGCUAAGGAGCUUGGAAUCCCCUGUGCCGUUCUUUGGGUUCAAUCAUGCUCUGUGUUCUCAAUUUACUAUCACUGUUUCCACAAAUCCGUCCCGUUCCCUUCUGAAUUGGAACCCAAAAUCGACGUUCAUCUCCCAAUUUUGCCACUUUUGAAGAACGAUGAAAUCCCAAGCUUCUUGCAUCCAAAUAACAUCUAUGGCGUUUUGGGGAAAGUUCUGUUAUCCCAAUUCAGUAAAUUAUCAAUACCCUUUUGUAUUUUGAUGGAUAGUUUCGAUGAACUCGAGAAAGAUAUCAUCAGUUACAUGUCUAAUAUCAUUCCUUUGAAACCCAUUGGCCCAUUGUUCUUAAACCCACAAAAUGUGGAAACAGAGGUCUCUGCCGACUGCUUAAAAGCAGAGGAUUGUAUGGAAUGGCUAAACUCGAAGCCCCCACAAUCCGUUGUGUACGUUUCAUUUGGAAGCAUCGUUUAUUUGAAACAAGAGCAAAUAGACGAGCUCGCUUAUGGACUGUGCAAUUCAGGGCUCUCAUUCUUAUGGGUUAUGAAGCCGCCCAAUGAAGCUCUCGGGUUAAAGGGCCAUAUUUUGCCGGAAGGGGUAAUGGAGAAAGCAGGGGAGAGGGGAAAAGUGGUGCAAUGGAGUUCGCAAGAGAGGGUUUUGUCGCAUGAAUCUGUUGGGUGUUUUAUGACGCAUUGUGGGUGGAAUUCGUCGGUGGAAGCCAUCGGCUGCGGCGUGCCGGUGGUGGCGUUUCCGCAGUGGGGGGAUCAGGUGACCAAUGCUAAGUUUUUGGUGGAGGAUUAUGGAGUUGGGGUGAGGCUGUCGCGUGGAGCAGAGGCAAAUGAGUUGAUUUCAAGGGAUGAGAUUGUGAGAUGCAUAUCGGAGGUGAUGACCCGCGAUAGCAGCGGAGGAGAAUUCAGGCGGAAUGCUUUGAAAUUGAAGCAGGCAGCGGCGGCGGCCGUGGUGGACGGCGGAUCCUCCCACAAGAACAUCCAACAGUUUGUUAAUGAGACUAAGAAGAGAUGUGUGAGAGGCAACUUUUAG